GAAAUUUAAAUCAUGCUUGUAAUGCUGGUAUGUUGGAAGCUUUAGGUAUCAGUCACGUGUUAUCGGUGGGAGAAGAAUCUAAAUUAGAUAGAAGUAGAUUUGUAGUAAAAUCCUUGGAUAAUUUAUAUGAUGAUGGAAUUGAUAGUUUAUGGAAUUAUUUAGAUUCAUGCGUUAAUUUUAUUGAAGCUGCACGUGCAGCAAGUGGAAUUGUAUUAAUCCAUUGUCGAGUAGGAGUUUCUCGAUCUGCCACUAUUACAAUUGCUUAUAUUAUGAGAUAUUUAGGUAGAUCAUUGGUAUCUUCAUAUUUAUUUGUUAGAGCUAGACGUCUUAAUGUUGUUAUUCAACCAAAUUUAAAAUUUAUGUAUGAAUUAUUACAAUAUGAACAAAAAUUAACAGGUAGAAUGGGAAUUAGUUGGACUUG